AUGUCCUGCCGCCGCCUCCCGGCCAAUCCCAUCGCGCCACGUCAGCGCCCCGUCGCUCCCGCACGUCCCCGCGCCGCGUGGCCCGUCGGGGCACGGAUCGGGCCCUCCCGGCCCGCGCGCCCGACCCCGCCGCCGACCUGCGCCCCGCUCGGCUCCCGCAGCCGAGUCCCGCGCCCUCCGCCGUCCAGCCCCGCCGCCGGCCGCCACUCCUCCGCCGUCGUCUACCACCACGCCGCCCCUCAGCAUCCUCGCCGGAGCUCUGCUCCCUCUCGCGUGCCCUGUAGGAGCCGCAAGACGCCGCCGCCGGAGUCCCUCCGGAGACCUCCCGUGACCGGAUCUGACCGAUCCCCACCGGAUCUGUGUGCCCCGCCGUCGCUCCGCACCUCUCCGGCCAUCUUCGUCUCGCCGGAAUCGCGCCGCCGCCGUCCUCCAGUUCGUCGGGGGCUCGCCCAAGCGCCCGUUGACCGUGUCCCGCGCGUGGGCCUCCACGCCGGCCUCGGGCCAUCGCGCUGCGCGGGCCGCGUCCAGCAGGCCCCCUGCCUCCUGCCUCCUCCUCCUUCUGGGCCUCGGCCCAUGCUGAGCGCCCACAUAUUCCCCGCCCGUGCGUUGUUUUGCUAUUAG